AUGUCCGCCGCGACCGCAACCGCACGUGCCUACAGCAGCGUGCCCAGAGCCGCUGUCGCCGUCGCCGUGCGCCGUUCGGAGGAAGGGCCGGCGGAAUACCUGCUCGUCCAGCGUGGCAAGCCGCCAGGCAAAGGGUCAUGGAGCCUCCCCGGUGGGGGCGUCGAGCUUGGCGAGACUUCAGCCGACGCGGCGCGGCGAGAGCUCGAAGAGGAGUGCCGGCUCAGCGGAGGUGCCGUGCGAUGGCACGCAGGGCCUUUCACCGCAACGGACGCCAUCUAUCGCGACGCCGACGGCGCUGUCCAGUUCCACUACCUGAUCGCGCAGUUCUACGCCGAGGCUGCCGCGGCGGACGAUGCGAUGGACGCGCGGUGGUGGAGCCUCGCCGAGGUUGCCGGCGGCGAGGGGAGCGGCGUGGUGGCGGGCAACGUGGAGGCGACGCUGCGGCGGGCCGAGGCGAUGCGGGUGGCAGGCUUGCUCCGGUGCCAAUGA